CUAAUAUUAGAUAGAAUUAUACACAUCAAUAUUGAAGCUCUCCGGUCUUGCCAUGGCGAGUGUGCUGGAACUUCUCACUAUUCACAGCUCACCAGUUUCCAUACUCUCCGGCGGCCGCCGCGCGCAGUUCGUCUGCGAGGCCGUUCCACAAAUAUCACCAACUAAAGCUGGUGGCGGGGCAACUAAGAGGAGUUUCACGAGGCUAAAACUCAAAAAAGUACAAAAUCUUGUUAAAGAAAGCUACCGGAAAAUUACGCAGAACAAUGACCUUGAAGAUAACCAGCUGGAAGCAGAAACUUCUACAUCACAUUUGUCAGACAAAUCAUACGAUGAGCCUGAUGAGUUGGAUGAGCAGAUGAAUACCAAUGUCCAGAAUGAUUCUACAGAAUAUGUAUAUCCUUAUAUUAAAUCCUCCCGACAAGCUGCUUAUUCUGCAGUAUCUUCUGCUCCAUCCUCAAGCAGAUGGGGAAAUGUAAGACCAGACAGAAGCUAUAGACCUAAUGAGGCCAAUGCCUCUAAGAAAGGGAAGAUGUUGAAAUCCAACAAUGACUUCUUUAGCAGAAAAUUGUUUAAGGAGUUGGGGUGCAACAAUUACAUUAUUGAGGCUUUAAAGAGCCUGCAAUAUGAGCGCCCUUCACACAUUCAGGCUAUGGCAUUUGCCCCAGUUAUUAGUGGAAAAAGUUGUAUUAUGGCUGAUCAGAGUGGAUCUGGUAAAACUUUGGCUUAUCUAGUUCCACUUGUACAACGCCUUAGACAAGAAGAAACUGAAGGACUUAGCAAACCUGCAUCUCAAAAUCCUCGAGUUGUAAUUCUGGUCCCAACUGCCGAGUUGGCCUCUCAGGUUUUGAGUAUUUGCCGAUCUUUCUCUAAAGCUGGAGUCCCUUUCCGCUCUAUGGUUGCUACUGGUGGUUUUCGGCAGAAAACUCAGCUGGAGAAUCUUAAACAUGAAAUAGAUGUUCUGAUUGCAACUCCUGGUCGAUUCAUGUUUCUAGUUAAUGAGGGCUUCGUUCAGUUGACAAAUCUCAAAAGCGCUGUUCUGGAUGAGGUGGAUAUACUCUACAAAGAUGAUGAUUUUGAACUUGCGUUGCAAAGUUUGAUCAAUUCAGCACCAGUCAUAGUGCAGUAUUUAUUUGUAACAGCCACAUUACCCGUCGAGAUAUACAACAAGCUAGUUGAAGUUUUUCCUGAUUGUGAGAUUAUUAUGGGUCCUGGUAUGCACCGCACAAGCCCAAGAUUGGAGGAGGUUCUUAUAGAUUGCAGUGGAGACGAAGAAACUGAAAAGACCCCCGAUACAGCUUUUCUCAACAAAAGAAGUGCUCUUCUCCGUCUUGUGAAGGAAAGUCCUGUGACAAAGAGCAUUGUGUUCUGUAACAAGAUCGAAACAUGCAGAAAAGUUGAAAAUGCAUUAAAGCGCCUCGAUCGAAAAGAAAUUAAUAUAAAGGUUUUACCAUUUCAUGCUGCUUUGGAACAGGAAUCGAGGCUUGCAAAUCUAGAAAAAUUUCGUAGCUUUCCGACUGGGAAUAUUUCCAUGUUCUUAGUUUGCACAGAUAGAGCAUCCAGAGGAAUGGACUUUGCAGGGGUAGAUCAUGUAGUGCUCUUUGACUUUCCACGUGAUCCAAGUGAAUAUGUACGUCGUGUUGGACGAACAGCUCGAGGUGCCGGAGGCAAGGGAAAGGCUUUUGUUUUUGCUGUUGGCAAGCAAGUUCCUCUAGCAAGGAAGAUUAUGGAAAGAAAUCAAAAGGGGCAUCCAUUGCAUGAUGUACCUUCUGCUUAUGAGGUGAUGAGGUAGACUAGCUGUGGAAGUGAAGAGUAAGCUGUAAUUGCCUCAUGCAUGUGAUGAGAGAGGUGUUCAUGUUGUUACUUGUAGAGGAAGAAACAUAUAAUUAGUUUGACCAUGUAUUUUAAGUUCCCUCCACAUAACGUUGCCAAAGUCCAAAGCUCAAGAACAAUUGGAUUGGGAAUGUUUUUUUUAUGCUUUACUCCGUAUCAGGCACGGUUCCCUGUGAUUAGAUUUUGGUUGGCAAGCGCCAGAUCUCAUGUUAGUUCUUUAGUAGUGGUUGUGUUUAGGCUUGUUUGGCGAUCGGCAGAUAACGAGAUUGUAUCAGCGGAUAGCGGAUUAUAUUAGCUGAUUUGACCAACGGAUUGCAUUAGCGAUUUUUAAAUAAGUGUUUGGUAAAUAGUUGAAAGCUUAUAGCUGUUUGACAUUGCAAAAUGACCAAUAAGAACAUUUUAUUAUUUAGGGUGUAUUCUUUUAAUAAUAAUAUAUUAAAACAUUUAAUAUUCUUUA